AGACACCUUCCUAGGAUGGUCACACCAUUCGCGAAAAAUAAUUGAUUAAAAAAUCGAAGAAGAAGACCAACUGACAUGUAAACAAACUAACUUUAAAUGUUUAUAACAUGGUGAAAAAGGCUCAAGCGAAACGACAGCCGUGGGUGAAGAACCUGUACUCGAACCGGGAGUAUCCGGACAACUACACGGACGCCAGCUUCCUGAAGGAUCUGCGCACGAACCUGCAUGUGAGGUUCUACACCUUCGGCGAGGCGGUUGCCGGCAUCACGGCGCUAAAUAACCAGAUAUCCUGCAUCACCGGCUUCCUGAUACUCUACCAACUGAUGCUCAGCGAUAGGGUGUCGCCCACCACGAUCCUGCUGCCCAGCUGUGGGGUGACGGGAAUCGGGUACCUGUGCUACCGUGGCCGCAGCCUCAGCUGGGCGCUGCUGGGCGAGGACUCCAAAACCCUGGUCACCGUGGUGCUCUUCGGCUACCUGUUCUCACCGAUGCUGCACACCCUCACGCAGGCCAUCAGCACGGACACCAUCUACACGAUGACCUUCUUCGUCCUGCUGGGCAAUCUGAUAUUUGGCUACUACGGCUUGGAUGUGGCCAUGGUCUCUAAGGCCAUCUCGCUGAAUGCUGCCAUAUUUGGAGCCAUCUGCCUGGCCUCCCGCCUGCCCACAUCGUACCACGCCUUCGUUCUCCUCGUCGAGGCCGCCGUCUUCUUUGUGCUGUACCCCAUUAUGACGGAAGCGAACUGGCAUGCUGGAUUCAUGGUGCCCAUCUUCGCCGUAUGCUGCCUGGCCCUGUGCUGGAUAUCGCGGCCGGCACUCUAUCUGUAUGCCUCCACCACCGUCUUUAUCAACUUUGUCUGCCCGUUUAUUUUCGUGUGGCAGCAGCAGUACAAGUUCAACAUCCACGGUCCCUGGGACGAGGCCAUCGUGGAGGAGAACACCGACGAGAACCUGGAUGAGAACUUAUAGCGACAGCUCCGCUUCUCAGAACAGCAGCGGCCACGACCCGGUGGCGGCGAUGUCGGGGAGCACUUCACCAAUCACUAGCAAUUUGCACGCAUUUUUGUAUAGCUCUGUAAAUGUCUUUAAUUUUUCAGAACUCAAUUCCACUCAUUUUAAAUGUUGUUUUUUGUUACCGUGUUAUGUGUUUAGUUUGUAAGUAAGCUCUUAAUAAAAUAUACUUUUUAAAAGAUAAA